AUGGAAGUCAAUAAACCUGAGGUCCACUUGCUAAACGUGAGAACGUUUUUCGUUCUUACAAAGAUGCUCGAUGAUGAACCUGGGCAGUCUUCCAUCGAUGAGGGCAACCACCUGGUACUUGUGAAGUGCCAAUUCACCGACAAAGGAGAGGACGGAGAAGUUCCAGAACACUUCGUGGAUCCCUGGCAGUGGAACAAUCUGUUGAGGAGGUUUACGCGGGCACCAGUCCCUGUUGGACUCGAAAACGGAAAACAGCAAAACCAAAUGUUGAAUGGGAUAAGAACAGCGAAACAAGGUCGUCGGUAUGGAGUUGCGGGCCGCAAAGGGCAGCAAUUUUUCGUAGGGCAUCUGCAAGCCACCGAUUACAGCCCGCCUCGCCCCGCAAAAUUCCGGACGAGCUUUGGCAGGGCGAGAAUCGGCAGGAACCUGGAACACUGGGGCGAUUAG